AUGGAAGGCCAGUGGAGAUUUGAACAGGCGGGCUGCCAUGUCCAAAACAUGGCGAACUGGCUCGUCGUAAACAAGCAGGAUGAGGAAUAUCUUAUCCAAGUGUCGUGGCCACUCGAGUGGAAAUCGACCCAAGAUGAGCCAAUCGUCGACAAAGCCAAUGCGAUAUAUAUCGUGGAUGGCAAUGCGAUGAUGCUCUCAGCAACAGACAUUGUGCGACGACGGCAAAUACGUAAAUCGGACGAGACAUCGGCAAUAAUCAUCGGAAUCUCCUACCCAUUGGCCCAAUCUGUUUACAGCCCUCGUCGAAACCAUGAUCUAACUCCCCCUUGCGAGAAAUAUGACUCGCCCCAAGGCCCAGAUGGAAAUCCCAAUCCUUAUGAGUACGGAGGUGCAGAUGCUUUUCUCUAUUUCAUAACGAACACUGUUCAUCAUUUUGUGUUUUCGUCAAUAUUCCCUCGCGUGUCAGUUUGCCAAACUGCUCUGUUCGGACACUCAUUUGGGGCCCUGUUCGCCCUCCAUGCACUGUAUACAGCCCCCGCAAGCUUCGACGCUUAUCUUGCUGCAAGUCCGUCAAUUUGGUGGAACGAGAGAUUUUUGUUGCAGGAAGAAGAGCAAUUCUACAAUCUGCCAGAGUCGCACCACCGGCCGAAAGUUUGGAUGGCUUAUGGAUCACUUGAGCAGUCACCCAUACGUCAAAAAAAUCAGUCUUUGGAGGAAUAUGAAAAACGGUUGGCGAUAGUCAACGAACGUCUCAUGGGGGAUAAUUGCGACCAAAUGUUUGUUCGACUUUUGCAAAGUGGUCGGGUACAGUCAGUCACAAGAAGAAUAUACGAAGAUGAAGACCAUGGAAGUGUCAUUGCUGGGGCACUGAGCGGAGCUAUCUUCCAUUUCCUUGAUCAAGGCGAUGAAUGA